AUUUGCAGUGAGGCGGUCUAAAUCGAGACAAAAUAUUUCGACCACAACACAAUUGAGCGAGGUUCGUGUAUGUAUAAAGUUCCGUGUACGGUCAAGGCUAAAAACCUCGUUCUAGCUUGAAAACAGCCUGUUUCCUUCCUGCUAGCUUACCGGAUUCUCCUUCCUAGCUGUGAAUCAGUUGCACUUACAGGAUCUGUUUAUAAUUAGUCAACGCUAUCUGAACACUAAGCUGGUUCAUCAGCAGAUAUCGUAUGCUUACAAACCCUACAGGUUACAAGUGCUUGCAUAGUGCCACCCAUAUUUUGUUUCUUAAAAUUGUGCGAUUUGGUAUAUCACAAAUAUUUGACGAUGCUUCGACGACCUACGUGUGCGCGCGCAUCCUCGGUGGAACCGAUGCUCUAAAACCAGACAAUCGAUAACAUUUUGGUAAAUGCACGAUUGAACUCAUGUGGAUAAGUGUCAGGCGUAUGUCAUGAGAAGAAUGGGUCGACAGUUUAUCAGUAGAUCAGUAUGUAUGUAACUGACUACCCGUCAGUUGUAUCUACCGCCAUGUUUAGCAAUGUUUAUACUGUAGCUUGUGUGUGGUGAUUGCGAAACCGGCGUCCAAUGUUAAUCAUGGUUCUAUAUUUAAAAAUUACUCGGUUUCUAAAUAGUCUGGACCCCAAGUCAGCCUCAUCGAUAAGUGGCUGAUUCUGCCCGUAUUGGGACAUAUCUCUCAUUCGACUAGUCCGGAAACCUGCACUUUGGCCUACGACGCGAGGUAGGCUAUAUUACAUGUAUCGCACUUGAACAGCCAUCUGUAGGACACUGGCCACAAGCGGACGACGCGAGGUGAAAGAUGGUUCUCCACAAGGAAGACAGCAUCCAGCUGAAGACAGCCCUGGGUACAAGCGAGAUACAGCUGCUGAUAGGGGACAUCACACAGCUGCAACAAAAUGAGGCAGUGGACAUCGUGAUGGUCUCUGCUGCUCAAGGGAGCUAUUUAUCUGGUGAAUUCUCGGUAUCAACACAUCAGACACUUAUGGGUGCGUUGAGUCGGAAUCUAAAGAUCAGUGUUCAAGAACUGUCAAAGGACAAGGAACUUGACCUCAGGACUAACUUCCAUUGUUGGGUGUCCAAACCACUGCCCCACAAUGUCCCCUACAGGCGACUGGUGUGUUUUGAGAGAGUGCAUGGCUCUGGCAAUGGAACGACGGCCCAGCAGAUCAGCACCAUGUUCCGUGCCAUGACGCCCAUCUUUAACAAUGAAGACACAACCGUCAUCACCUCCCUCCUAGCCACAGGGAGCCAGGGCCAGUCACGAGUGUCUGUACUGCGUGCAAUGGUAGAUGGAGCUUGUCACUGGAUCAAGGCCGGAUUGCCUCUUCGCUGUCUGAAGAUUGUUCUCUAUGCUUCUAAUCCAUACAAUCUCAGCAAGAAGGACAGUGAAGCUGUGAAACUGUUCAAGGAUCUUAAGCAGGUCUGGGGGUCCUCUAACCUAACACAGCCAGAAGAGGAUCAAAGCAUUGAUGUGUUCAUAUCCCACAGUAGCCAUGACAACCAUUGGGCUGACACAGUUGCUACUCAGUUGACAGAGAUCCACCCUGGCCUGAAGGUGUACAAGCAACAGCUCCAGUUCUCAGCCAAUGAGGUGUGGCAGGAGAAUGUCUUCCAUGUGAUGAUGCAGUCGGUCAGAAUCGUCACCAUCUUGACCCCUGCGUAUGUGGAGAGUCAGGAAUGUCUGGAACAGUUCAACAUCGCUCUGUGUGUGGAUCGUCUGUCUGCACACCACCAGAUCUAUCCAAUGUAUGUGGAGACUGUUGCUUGUUUGCCUACCUACAUGCAGCUGGUGCAGUACGUUGAGUGCAGGGAGCAUGCAGAAGGGGAGGUAACUCAGACACUGAUCAAGAAAGCUUGUGUGAAAAUAUUGAAUUCUUUGCCUGAGGCUUGUGUGGCUGGGUUGGAAGACUGCUCUGUACGAGCACAGUCUACUAGAAACAUGUAUGAUGUGUUCAUAUCAUACUCCCAUAGUUACCCUGCCACUGCUAACAAUCUGCUGCAGUGUCUACAAGAACUAGACCCCACACUUACGGUCUUCCUUGACACAAGUGAACUUGAGACUGGCAGUUCCUGGCAACAGAGUUUGUAUGACGCCAUGGACAGAUCACACUGUGUGGUGAUGUUGCUGUCCCCGGACUACGUCAGAUCUGAUGUGUGUCGGGAGGAAUACAACAUUGGCCUGGCUAGAGUACUGGCUGGGGAAGAUAUCUCCAUGAUCCCUGUGUGUGUAGAACCCAUGGAGACUGUGCCCCAUGCCUUCAGUCAUAUCACAAUACUUGAUGGGUGUGCAGCCAAUAGGAAAGAUGCACUCAGCAUGCUGAACAGGAUCUCUGAAGAUGUCAUCAAGUUUGUCAAACAUGGGAAGAGAGGACCAAACAUUGGAAAACCAACUCUCUCCGUUACACCGAGGGAAGCUCAAGAAUACUGUCGGAAACAGGAAUUUGAUGAACUGUACAAAUUAGAGGGCAAAGACAUAGUAUAUAAAGACUUAAACCAACAAUCAAUUUACAGUCAGCAGGUUUUGAGCAGGGGGGGUCAGCGUGUUGUAUUCAGCUUCUCUCAUGAUUCUUUCCGUCUUGCUAUAAUUCUGUCCGAAUUAAUAAAGCAGGCAUCACCAGGCACAAACUGCUGCUUCAUGAGUGAGUAUAACAAAGAUAGACUUCAUUUGUUGGACCAGUCCCAACUUGUGGUCAUCAUAGUGUCUGAUGGUUAUGUUAAGUCAGCUCAGCUCCUUGAGGAACUUCAUCUAAGUCUGUGUCGACAGCGGAGAGAAAAGCCCACGAGGAUGAUGUACCUGAUUGAAGGGUCACACCUCAGUGCCCGACCCCACUAUCUCCAUCUCCUGGACUACAAAGUCAGCAUCAAUGACAAACUGUGGAGUUCACUGACCCCUCCAAGGAAGAAAUCUUUCAAGGAUGCUGCUCCUGUCAAUGAGUGUUUCACCACAACAAGAGGUGGAAUGGGAGGAGAAUACAGGUGCUCUUUGGCAGAACGACUGGCACUCAGCAAGGCAGCACUGGAAAUACUUGAUAUUGUCAAUAAUAGAUCGGUGUCCAAAAGCUGCAUGAACAUCAUCAACACAGCCAGCUUCAUCACAGAGGUCAGGGACAGUGAGGUGCCAUUCAGACAGUGUUCAAAGCCAAUACAGAUGGAUAACCUUGACCUUUGAAUUGACAACAUACCACAAGGGGGGUAACUACAGAUCAAGAAUGAAAUGAAGAUAAACCCAAGUCACAGAUAUGGUCAACAACUACAAACAUUUUGCUGAAAAAUAUUUUUACAGAACACACUAUCAAGAAUACUCACAAUACAUGUUUGAAAAUAUCACAGUUAAGCCAUAGUUUAUACAUUUGUACUUAUCUAUGAAGGGAAGUUUUCACAAUAUCCUAUAUUUGUCACUUGAACUGUUUGGUGCUGAAUUUUUAUAUAUUUAUAUCUAAUUUCUGAUAAUUUUAGCCCUUUUACUAAUCUUUGAAAGGUUGGGGACGGGGAGUUUUUGUCUUUUUUAUUAUACUCAGAAUAGUAUUACCAAUAUACCAUGGCAUGAGAACAUAUUGGGUGUGGGGGAUCCCAACAAGGUGAUUUCCCUUGAGUAUGUGUUUGUUGCUCACUGACCAAGGACAUCACAGUAUGUAUAGGAGGUUAGCACAAUUUACUGCUGUGGUGAGUAAAUAGAAAGAUCAUAUUCCAGUAGUUUUGUUUGAAGACUGACUUUGUCAGCUUACUACUUAAGCAGGUGAUACGCACUAAAAAGGUUAAAAUGACAAGGUAGAAUAAAGACCCAUUGUCUUACCAAAAAACUGAAACUGAAAAUUGAUCCAUGUAGGGGCUCCGAUGCUGUCUCACACUUUGUUCACUGGACCAGCAAAUGAGUAGAGAGUGUUAAAGGGUCACUUACUGUAUAUAAAUGUAAAUGUGUUCCAGGUCCAUGAUUGGCUGCUCCAUAGUGAUGACCUUUAGGUCAGAUUAUGACAAAUUGCAUGAUUGUGAUAUAUUGAUAGGUUUGUCAUGCUUUGGUUGAACUUGCCAAAACUUGAAGUUUUUAGAGAGUUCAUAAAUGUUCUUAGGUCAUAUUUAGUUUUCAUCCAUCUUCACCUUGAUAAUCCACAGGUAUGAAAGGAAACAUUUGUGGAAGGUCACACUAUAUAUGGGUAGUAAGUAGUUGGUUGGAUGAUGUCACAAAGGAUUGUUUGUUGCAUUAUGGAUUUAUGCACAACUGUGAUCAUGUGAAUGGACAAUAUGUCGAUUCAAUGUUAAAAAGGCACAAUUUACAGCUGUGUCAGAAACAGACCACUGCACUCAUGCCUGUCUAUACCAUUAAUCUUGCAACUCAUUUCCAAAUGUAUCUAACUUGCUUUUGCUGGUUAGAUAUGCUUUGAACUUGUAAGAACGUAACAACUUGUAAGAUAAUGGUAUCUUACAGAUAUUUGUCUAGUAUUCUAAAGAAGGGUAUAUUAUGUAUUUUGUAGGCCGGUUGAUUGUGCUCUAUGAAUGUACAUAUUUUAUGUAAACAUAGAGCUGUGAUAAUGAUUAAACCUGAUUCCUUAUUGA